UAGUUUGUAAGAUUUGAAAGUUUAUGCACACUGCACAGUGCGCAGGUAGAAAUGCACAGAUAGUUAGGCCAGUAGGAGUUAAAAAGUUAGAAUGGAAACAUCAGGCAUUUUAUUUGGAUUUAAAGAAAAGUUAAUCAAAAGUAAACAUUCAAAGAAAUUUGAUUUGACAAAUUUGUUUAUUUGUUUAUCCAAAAUGAAUGUGAAUUUAGGACUGAAGAGAAUGGAUAGGAAAGAAUAAAAAGAUAGAAUUUGUCCAACUGAUUUGAACUUCAUGAUUAAGAAAAUAAAGAAGAAAUUAAAGAAGAAUAAAUAUUUCUUAUGAAUAGUUCUAAAUCAUUCAAAUUAAGAGAAGAAACCCUAUUCCUUCAGAUUCAAAUCAGUUGAAAGUCGUGUAGUUAUACCCCUACUCAAAAGGAAACCCUGGCAGUGUCGUGCAAUAGACAGGCAAGUGAUUCAAGGUGAAUGUGUGUGCCUGUACUUCCGACACCUUCCUCUCUCUCUCUCUCUCUGUGAAGGUUUAUACAACCAGUUAAAGCACGAUGUGGAAAAACUGAAACUGAAACAAAAUUUGAGAAAAAUUCAGAAAGAAAAUGAAGAUUAAAAAAGUCAAUGAUUAUAUUAGCAAAUACAUAAUUCUUGACACCUCUGGAGACUUUUUAGCUGUUAAGAAUAACAUCUGUCUCAGUGAUUAGGAAGCAGAUUACAAGAGUGCUGAAGAAGAGUUAGCAUCAUUAGCUUCUACAGCAGCUUCAUUAUCUGUAAAGGAACUUUUGGAGGUCAACACUGGACAAAACAACCUUAAAAUCCUCCGUGCAAAGGUUAAACUGAGAUUUUUACAAGCUUUAAAAGAAAAGGUGUUUAGAGAAAAGGAAAAUAAAAUUCUUACAUUCAUUCCUAGCUAUGAAUUGAAAAGAAUUGAGCUGAAGUAUCGAGUUUCUAAGGACCCGGAAGAUUUGAAGAAAAUACAGAAAGAAACAGAGAGAGUAGAAGAAGAAAUAAACAAUCUCAUUGAGUCCUACCAAAGAGCCAGAGAAGAAUUUCAGACUAUAUGUGACAACUUUUUGGUUCACAAUGAGAAAACAGACAUAAGAGUCAUCAGUGGACUUUAUUCAGGAAUGGAAUCUCGAAGAGUUAAUAUCUUCAUAGACAACCCUGAGACUCAAAGAAGAAUAUCUCAAGUUCUGCAGGAGAUAUAUGAAGACACAACUUCUCCACCUUCCUCUACCUGUACAACAGCAGCUCCUGUUGAGGAGAAGAUUGAAGCUGCAGACAAAAUAAUCAUCAAAUUGCUUGAGAAUAGCAACUCUAAAUCUCCUGUGGAACUAACCAAGAGAACAAUAUCUAAGGCAGAAGAAAUACUAGAUGAACUUAAGAAGAUUAAAUCAAGCUGUUCUAUUGAAGAAGAUGAUGUUAUAGAGAGGAAAUUGCAAGAAUUGGAUGAGAGUAUUGAAGAAGCUAUUCGGACAUCUGCUGAAAAUAAGGUCUCUUCUCCUCAGAAUGCAUUUGAUAGGGCAAUAGAGCGAAUCCCUCUCCCUGUGUUUAAUGGGGAACAUCAUCUCUACUUUGGUUGGAAGAGAGACCAUAUGUCUUUGAACAAGUAUGGUGCACCUAACAUCCAGGUUUUAGCAUUGAAGAAAUCCAUCAAAUCUGUUGAAACUAGGGAAAUGGUGUCAAACUGUAACAGCCUGGAGGAAGCAUUCAAAAUAUUAGAUAGAAAAUAUGGCAAUUCCAGAUUAAUAGUUCCAGGCAUCUUUUCUAAACUUGAUAAGCUAGAGAGCCACCCAAGAGACAGGAAACAGGAAGCUGAUAACAUUCAAACAAUUUUAAACAGUAUGAAUGAACUAAAGAAUCAUGGAGCUUUAGCAGACUUUACUGAUUUGUGUAUCAAGAAAUACCUGAACAAGAUCAGAUAUACAACUCAGAAGAUAUGGCUCAGGAAAACUUACCAGGUGGAGUGGAGUCUUGAGAAACUACAGAAUGAGUUUAUCAAAUUUUUAGAGCUGGAGCAAGAGCUCAUAUUUCAAGAAAUACAAAUAGAACCACUGGACUACCAGAGGAAAGCAGACAGAUCAGGAAACUAUGGAAACUCCUUUCAGAAGGUCAAGAUAAACAUCAACAGUACAUCAGCCAUAAAUGUGGCCUGUGUGAUUCAAAUCAACAUACUAUCCUGCAGUGUCCGUUUCUUCAAGAUGAAAAUGCAGAGAAAACCUUGAGAGAUAAGAAGAUAUGUGUAAGAUGUCUCCGUGAUCCCUGCAAGGGUUAUAGCUGUGGCACAUUUUACAGCAAGGCUCUAGACAGACAAUUUUCAUCAGAUUGUAAGACUUGCAGAACCAGUGAUACGGGCAAACCAAUCAACUUUAAAGUUUGCAAGUGCAGAAAAAAACCCCAACAGUCCUCUACAGUUAACAAUAACAGUAUGAAAGCGACAACAAGUGGAAGGUUGGGCCAAGGAAUGCCAAUGACAGAAACCAUUGAGGUAAGAAGGGGAAAGCAGUGGCAGAGUAUCACCAUUUUCUAUGAUACUGGUGCAAACCAGACAAUGGGAAGAUCAAGUAUAUUGGAAAGUUAUGGAACAAAAGUGAUGAAGGCUAAUGUUGCAGUGAACCUUGCUGACAGUUCUACCAAGUACCUCAACAAUGCUAAUCUCUACAAGUUGGAAAUAAAUAAAGCAAGAGACAGCAUUGAAGUUCUAGGAGCAGCUGAGAUGCCCUCACAAAAAUUGUUCACCUUUACACUGCCUCAAGAUUGGCAAAGAAAAUACAAGGUUAGAGCUGUAGGGAGUGAUAAAUCAACUGUGGAUAUUAUCAUGGGUACAGAUAACAUGCAGUGGUUUCCAAAGGAGCUGGAAAGAAAGGGAAAUAUAACACUCUUUCGAAGUGUCAUAACCGGAAAUCUGAUAGUGGGGGGAAAAAAUCCCAAAAUCAAGGCAAGAGGAAAAGUUCAAACCAACAGAUUGUGUGUUUCUGAGAAAGCUGAGGAUUUGUUCUUGAAGAACUGUUCUUAUGAAAAUGUGGACUGUAUUGCUAAACCUGCAGGAUUAGUUAAAGAGAAACAAAUGGAGUAUGCAGAUAGAGAGAUCAGGGAUAAUAUAACUUUUGAUGAAACUUUAAAAGCUUACAAAGUUAAGCUAAUCUACAAUUCAGGAAUCAAAAACCUUUCUUCAAACAAAGAAAAGGUUAUGAAGGAACAGCUGAGGCUUCAAAAGAAACUGUCUCAGUCACCAGAACUACUGGAGGAUGUCAACAAGUGUCUGAGGGAAAACUUUGAUAAAGAGUACUGGAAGUGGGCCAAGUCUCCAGUUAAGCAUUGCAUCCCCUAUUCUUUUGUUCAUAAUAUGAACUCUUCUUCUACACCUAUAAGGAUUGUCAUUAACUCCAGCUUCAGAACUCCAGAAGGCUAUAGCCUGAAUGACUGCUUUGAUUCCGGGUCUAAUGAUAUUGGAGAUCUGAAAAAGAUUCUGCUAAACUUUAGAUGCAGAGAGCAAUCAAUAGUUGCGGACAUAUCCAAGUUUUUCUACUCAUUCCAUCUGGGAGAAGAAGAUCAAGCCUAUCACGGACUUCUUAUUCCGGUAAACAAGACUACAGGAGUCAUUGGCUAUGGAAAGCUUGAUGAGAUAGAGUUUUGGGAAGCAGUUCAGUGUAGGUUGGCUUUUGGGGAUACACCAUCUCCUAAUGUUGCAACAAUUGGAAGGAAGAAGUGGGCAGUAGAAAACUCAGAGGACUCAAGAAUCGUUAAUACUCUUACAAACCAUUCUUUUGUUGAUGAUAUCUUUGGAUACUGUGGAUAUGAGGAAGAUGCUAAUACUGUGAUGAAACAACUGGAAGAGGUAGCUGCAAAGGGCAACUUUAUGAUCAAAGAGUUCUUUGUCUCUAACCAACACCCUCAGAAUGAAGAUAGUAAAUUGGUAGGAAAUGAAGAAGCAAAAGCUCUGGGAUACAAAUGGCUCCCAUUUGAGGAUAUACUUAUGCUUAGGAAUAGCUUCUAUCUAGGUAAAAAACAGAGGGGAAAGGCUACCAUAGCCUUGACCAUGGAGAAUGUGGAUGAUCUCUUGGGAAACAUAUCCAAGAGGAGUGCAUUAUCUCUUUUAAUGCAAAACUAUGAUAUUCUAGGCUUGUUUAGUCCUUUAAACUUAAGACUAAAAUUAGCAUAUCAGCAGAAUUUGCUGAACCAUCCUGGACAAGACUGGGAAAGUGAGAUGCCAGAAGCUGAUAAGAAACAGUUCAUUGCAGGUCUAAAAGAAAUCUUGAAAUUAAGUGGGAAGGGGUUGCCUAGAACAGUUGUUCCAAAGAACUACAGUGGAACUCCUUGGAUGGUUGGAUUUUGUGAUGGUUCUGGACAAGCAGUAGGAGCAGUAAUUUAUGUGAGAUAUCAGCUCCAGGAUGGAACUUAUGUGGCAAAUCUACUCACUUCUAAAACUAAAAUAUCAGGGUUAAGAAAUGUGUCUACCCCCAAAGCAGAGCUCCUGAGUUGUACCAUGCUGAUCAACAUGAUGGAUUAUUUGUUAAGAAAUUUAGAAAUCCAUUUUGAGAGAAGGAUUGUGCUCACUGACAGCACAGUAGUGUUGGGCCAGAUAAAAAAGCCAUCUUGCAUGUAUGAUGGACAAACAGGAGGAAAAAUUGAUCAAAUCCAGCAAAUGGAAAGAGAACACAAUUUGGAAUUUUACCAUUUCCAAUGA